AUGUAGAGAGAAAAGCGAAUACCUUCAAAGGCUUGGCGAUAUGAAGAAUACUCUCCACCAAAGCGAACCACUCAAACAACAAAUCAAAGGAGAAGAAAGAGAGAAUUAUCCUUUUAUAAAAUACAUAAAUUCUCAUAAAACUCUUAAUUUACUAAAGAAGAAGACGAAAGCAUUCUUUAAUACGUUAAAGAAUUAGGACCUAAAUUCGUUAAAAUUGCUACUUACUUUCCUAGUAAAUCAUAUAGCAUGGUGAAAAACAGAUACUAUAAGCACUUAAGAAAUAAGUUGUUUGAAAGAAAAGAAAGCUAAGAAUUGAACCCAAAUAACAUUGACACUACUUAAUAAUUGAAAAAUACUCUAGUAAAACCAGAUAAUGAAAAAAUAGAAGAGUUGAAAUAACUUAUCACUUCUAUAAACUUAUUUCCAGAAAUAACAGAAAUAACCAAAAGUUUCAUAGGUGAAUUGUAAAAGCAUCUUCUCUGA